AUGCGGACUGAGUUCCAUCUUUUUUCUGCUCUCCCAGCUGAGCUUAGGCAAGAGAUUUGGGACAUAGCUAUUGCUAUUCGCCCAAAGCGCCCAGGAGUUCGCGUCUUCCGAGUAUUCGACGCUUUGCAAGAACCUUCGAUCCGCCUCAAGCUCGUCCCGGGCUGCUACUACGGCGCUAUCUUGGCCCUGGGUAUACCGUUGCCGGAUAAAGGCUUCGUCGGUGUCAAUGGGGAGAUCAUUAGUGAUAUAUCAACACAGAUUUACGAUCCGGGGCUGUGGAAUACCUGCUACAAAUCGAGGUUGAUGAUGAAGAAGGCCUUCGUACCACUCAAGGGGUAUGGCUACGGCUCGAUGGGGUACUAUCUAUCUGGCAGUGCUCCUUUCUAUGUCACGAUUACGGAACGAUAUCAGGGCCUCUUUAUCAUACGACCGGACAGUCUGGAAUUCGAAAUCGAAUAUAUUUUCGAAUUCUUUAGUAACGUUCAUAUAGAGCUCGGUAUUGAGUAUCAUGAAGACUGGGGGUUGCAACUUUAUACCGAGGAACAAGGUGGGGAAAUUUGUCGAGCGGUAGAGCUUCUUGAAGACAUAGGCUGGACACCGGAAGUCACAGGUGUAUUCCUGGUAGACUACAAUCUCAAGCUCAAGGCCGAUGCUUCGCGUAGGCGUGACAUUCGAGAUCGUUCUACCCGAUUCUUCGCAAGGGACAGGAGGCUUGUCGAGGUGUUUUUCCACGAAGAAAGGGAGCGGGAGCAAUGGGAGUACAUCAACCCAACUCCAGAUGGAGACUACCGCAAGUCAUCUUUCUAUUUUGCAAAGCGUAUUGGGAAGGCUUUUGAAGAAAGGCAGAUGGGAGUUGAUGGAGAAUAUUACACGCCUUGGAUAGGCCUUCUGGGAUGGGACUAUCUCUGA